GGUUUCACUUGUUCAGAGGAUUUGCAGUGCUCACUUCUCAUUUGCAGUGCUCAGUCCCUACAUUUUUGUGCAGGAAGGAUACUCUCACCAAGCAGUUGGGAGGAGACGGCGGCUGGGUUCUCCGUGCACUAUGAAAGCAGCAGCAGAAAACCCUGUGUAUGAGACCAUGAUCAUGUCAGACGUUCCUUGCCAGUCUUGUGGGAAGGUGUGGACAGGAACUACAACUGAAGACUGUGCUGAGGACACUGAUCGUGUGACUUCCCUGGAGACGUUUCUUCUUCCAGGAAACCUUCCUGAGUCCUCUCCAAAGAGAUCCUGUAUCCUCUACACUCUCCUCCUGCUGCUGAGCCUCCUCCUCGCGGCUUCUCUUGGUGGAGUCAUGGCCAUGUAUUUCCAGGAGCAGCAGGAGAAGCACCGAGUGGCCGAAGCGGUUCAGGAAAUCCGAGACUUCUGGAAGGAAAACAGCACUGUGAACGUGUCUGUCCUGAAGCAGACGGGCCAGCAGCUGGUGGGUGAAAUUCAGCCAUUACUGGGCCUGUGGGAGGAGAUCAUCUCGCCCUGCGCUGUGCUCCAGGAGCAAUACCAUUUCCAGGAGCGGCGGGAGAAGCGCCGAGUGGCUGAAGCGGUUCAGGGAAUCCAGGACUUCUGGAAGCAAAAUAGCACUGUGAACGUUUCUGUCCUGGAGCAGACGGGCCAGCAGCUGGUGGGUGACAUUCAGCCAUUACUGGGCCUGUGGGAGGAGAUCCUCUCGCCCUGCGCUGUGCUCCAGGAGCAAUACCAUUUCCAGGAGCAGUGGGAGAAGCGCCAAAUGGCUGAAGCGGUUCAGGGAAUCCGGGACUUCUGGAAGCAAAAUAGCACCUUGAACAAGCCCGACCUGGAUCAGACAGAUCAGCCGCUGCUGGGCGAAAUUGAGCCCUUACAGGUCCUUUGGGAAGAGGUCAUCACCCCUUGUUCUGUGAUGAAGAACCAGUUCAGGCGUGUCAUGACCAUGCUUUCUCAAGGCUGGAGACAUCAUGGGGGGAACCUCUACUACUUCUCAAGGAAGAAAAAUUCCUGGGAGGAGGCUGAGCGGUUUUGCAUGUCCCAGAACUCACACCUGAGCUCCGUCCUCUCCCCGGAAGAGCAGGAGUAUCUUGCCACGCAAGUCAAAGGUGCAAAUCACUGGAUCGGGCUGAGUGACCGUGAGGCAGAAGGCUCCUGGCGCUGGGUGGACGGCUCCAAGUACACGGAGGGGUUUUGGACAGAAAGCCAGCCAGACAACUGGGAUCAGGGAGUUGGAGGGACAGAAGACUGUGUUCACCUGGACCAACCAAGUUAUGAAAGAUGGAACGAUGCCAACUGCACCCUGCAGCACCGCUGGAUCUGUAAGGCGGCCCUGGGGUAGGCCACUGUUCUCCCAGGGAAGCCACACGCAGUAGGCUAAGACUGUAAAAUAAGCAUCUGUAAAGCAAGCUUGCUCAAUAUGUUAAGACAAGUUCAGAUAAGUGCUUUUGGGCAUCACUAGUAGCAGUUAAGAGUAACAGCCGCUGUUCUGCUUUGCGGUAAGAACUGAAUUGCACGUAGUCAGCUAGCAGCCUAGGAUCCCCAAAUCGUGGGCACGCAGCUCCGCAGAGCCAGGCCCCCCUGCACCAACACCGAAGUUGCGACAAAACAACAGAAUUGCCCUCGAGCCCCUGCUUGCACGUGUUCCCAGACGUGGGGGGAAGAGAGAAGAAGUCACCCCUGCCAGAACCGGAGGCCUCACCCGGGCCCCAAGGAAGCUGGUUUAAGACAUGGCAGCGAAGGCAGUCAGCACAUCUUGAAUACAACGCGCCGCACAGAAACGUUGGGUGUCGACUGAGCGGGGGAUUUCGGAGAGCCCCGCACAUUGGAGAUGCCGUACCGCCAGUCUGUGUGCCACCCUCCUGCAUGUCCCGAGCUCGGAGAGGGGCAAUCUCUAUUACAGCGCUGUGGGCAGUGAGACGGGCACGGCGAUGAGCCAUUUUUCUUGUGCUUGUAGGUGUGAGCAAUAAAA